GGCAUUUCUCUCCUCUCGAGCUGUCACGCUGACAGCUUGUGAGGAGAGGAGAGCCGGGCACUGAUGAUUAGUGUGCCCUGAUGAUCAGUGUAGCCCCAGCAGUGCCACCUGUCAGUGUCCAUCAGUGCCUCGUUCCAGUGCCCAUCAGCGCCACAUCAGUGCCACAUAUCAGUGCCUACCAGUGCACAUCAAUGCCACAUAGUGCCCAUCUGAGCUGCCUUUCUGUGUCACCCAUCAGUGCCAGUCAGUGCCACCUAUCAAUGCCAAUCAGUGCCACCUAUCAGUGCUGCCAAUCAGUGCCACCUAUC